AUGUUGUUUUCUCUGGCGUUCUUACAGCUUUUUACUCUGCAUAAUGCUGUUGCACAGCGCCACGACAUGAAUUUGAUGUCAUUUAUGACGCUCCCCGAGGUCCGAGCCUUGAAAUGGGAAGUCAACUACCACCACCGCUCGCGCGUUGCCCCCGGAUAUUGGUUCUUUACGCCAUAUAGCCAGAUUGAACCGGAACAGCCCACCCAGAAGUACCAGAAAUACCAGAUUGGGCCGUAUAUCUACGAUGAAGAUGGUAUGCUGAUCUGGGCCGGAUCACCGAUGUGGGACAACCAAAACGUGUUCGAUUUCAGAGCGAUCAACAAGAUCGACGACCAGCCGCACCUCUCCAUGAUUGUUGGCUCGGAAGUCGACGGGUCAAGCAAGGGCAAGGGCGUGAUUGUAGAUACACACUACGAGAUCGAACAGCAGGUCGAGGUCUUGGAUGACCUGCACGACUUCAAUAUUUACGAGUUUAACGUCCUGCCCGGCGGCAAGUCGGCCCUCGCGUGUACCUACCGGUCCCGACCCGUCAAUAUGGAGGAUUUUGGACGUCCGACGGAGGAGAGCUGGGUCAUCUCCGGUGGGUUUGUCGAGCUAGAUGUGGCGACUAAUGAGGUCCUGAUGCAAUGGGAGAGUUUCGACCAUAUUCCCCUGCACGAGUCUAAUCUGUUCCAUGUAUGGGAUACGCCAAUGGGACCCCCUGGAUGGGACUAUGCUUAUAUCAACGCGGUGGACAAGAAUGAGGCGGGUGAUUAUAUUAUCUCCUUGCGCUUUACUAAUACGAUCUACGGUAUCUCUGGUAAAGAUGGACACAUUUUGUGGCGUCUAGGCGGCUUAGAAAGCGACUUCGAUAUGGACUUUAUAUUUUCUAAGCAGCACGAUGUGAGAUUCGUCUCGUCUAACAGCACCCACCAUAUUAUCUCUAUUAUGAAUAAUGCUUCGGACGAGCGAGGCAACGACGAGAACAUCUCCUCGGCUCUAUAUAUCGAGGUCGACACCGUGGCUAUGAUGGCCCGCGUUAUUAAGCGCGUUAACCGACCAGAUAGCAGUCUAACCCGCGUGUAUGGCAGCGUUCAGACUCUGCCAAAUGAGAACGUCUUCGUCGGCUGGAGCGAGCGUGGCUACCAAAGUGAGCACGCCCCUAACGGCGAUAUCUUAAUGACCGCUCGAUUCGCCUCCACCCGAUACUCUACCUAUCGUGCCUAUAAGGGCGAAUUCGUGGGCCGCCCUAACCAGCCUCCAGACGUCAUGGCUUCUGUGUACGGUACUACCGAUGAGGACAUCACCACCAUCAUCUACGUAAGCUGGAACGGCGCUACCGACGUGAUAGAGUGGAACUUCUAUGCACAGGCCUAUGAUGUCGGCACGCCCGUAUUCAUCGGCCACGCGGACAAGACCGACUUCGAGACCAUGUACAUCGUCGACGGCUACAUGGACCGGGUCGCCGCCGAAGCGAUCGACGUCAACGGCAAGGUCAUAGGCACCUCGAGAAUCCAGCGCUCUGACAUCCCGAGUAACUGGAAGGCCGUCGGCUGGCUGGGCGAGUCUGACCCGACCCCGGGUGACCCCUCCAUGAUCGCGUCGAUCAACAAGGGCACCGAUACCACCGCCAACAGCCACGACAGCAUGGACAGCAUGGCCGAGAUAAUGGGCAAUAACGACUCGGACAAGUCAUCCUACGCCAACGCCAAGGAAGUUACCAAUGCCAUCUACAAAGCCCACAAGCUUAUCCGCGACAUGGGCGGCCUGCUGAUCUUCAUACUGGCGGCCUAUAUCGUCGGCGGCGUCCUCUAUGGCACAUACCGCAUGCGGCAGAAGAGCAAGCUGCGUUCCUACCAGCACGUCCCGUUAGAGGAGGGCCUGCCCUUAGACGAUAUCCACUUGCGCUCUUAA